GGUGCUGAGUUCUGCUCUUGUCUCCCCCAGAUUCGCUGCAUGCUCAACAUCUGGGGUGUCAUCCUGUACCUGCGGCUGCCUUGGAUCACCUCCCAGGCAGGGAUUGGCCUGACCUGGGUCAUCAUUCUGCUGUCCUCCUGCAUCACGGGCAUCACAGGCCUGUCCACCUCGGCCAUCGCCACCAACGGCAAAGUCAAAGGAGGCGGGACGUACUUCCUGAUCUCCCGCAGUCUGGGUCCCGAGCUAGGCGGCUCGAUCGGUCUGAUCUUCGCUUUCGCCAACGCUGUGGCCGUGGCCAUGCACACCGUGGGCUUCGCCGAGACCGUGCAGGUUCUCAUCCAGGAGAGUGGCUCCAGCAUUGUGGACCCCAUCAAUGACAUCCGCAUUGUGGGUGUCAUCACUGUGACCUGCCUGCUGGGCAUCUCGCUGGCUGGGAUGGAGUGGGAGUCCAAGGCACAAGUCCUAUUCUUUUUCGUGAUCAUGGUCUCCUUUGCAAACUAUAUCGUGGGGACAAUUAUACCGGCUACUCCAGAGAAGAAGGCUAAAGGAUUCUUCAGUUACAAAGGUGCUAUUUUUGCUGAAAACUUUGUGCCAAACUGGAGAGGACCGGAGGGCAGUUUUUUUGGGAUGUUCUCCAUCUUCUUCCCCUCGGCGACAGGAAUCCUGGCAGGAGCCAACAUCUCUGGAGACCUGAAGGACCCAGCAGUGGCCAUUCCGAGAGGAACUCUCCUGGCCAUUUUCUGGACCACCAUGUCUUACCUGAUCAUCUCUGCCACCAUCGGGUCGUGCGUGGUGCGCGACGCCUCUGGCAACAUCAACGACACUGCGGACGCGCUGGGGACAGACUGCCUGGGACUGGCCUGCACCUACGGCUGGAACUUCAGCGACUGCAUCGCCAAUAAAACGUGUCCGUACGGCAUCAGCAACUACUACCAGAGUAUGAGCAUGGUGUCCGGAUUUGCCCCACUCAUCACUGCUGGGAUCUUCGGGGCCACCCUGUCCUCGGCCCUGGCCUGCCUGGUCUCCGCUCCCAAAGUCUUCCAGUGCCUUUGCAAAGACAACCUGUACCCUUUGAUCGGAUUCUUUGGGGAAGGCUAUGGGAAGAACAACGAGCCCAUCAGAGGGUACUUGCUGACCUAUAUUAUCGCCAUCUGCUUCAUUCUGAUUGCUGAGCUGAACACCAUCGCCCCCAUCAUCUCCAAUUUCUUCCUGUGCUCCUACGCGCUCAUCAACUUCAGCUGCUUUCACGCCUCCAUCACCAACUCCCCAGGCUGGCGGCCUUCCUUCCAAUAUUACAGCAAGUGGGCUGCUCUGGUUGGCGCCAUCAUCUCAGUGGUCAUCAUGUUCCUGCUGACCUGGUGGGCGGCCCUGAUUGCCAUCGGCAUCGUGCUCUUCCUCCUGGCCUACGUGCUGUAUAAGAGACCAGCUGUUAACUGGGGGUCUUCAGUUCAAGCUGGGUCCUACAACAUGGCGCUGUCCUAUUCAGUGGGACUGAACGAAGUUGAUGAACACAUCAAGAACUACAGGCCGCAGUGUCUGGUCCUGACGGGGCCCCCCAGCUUCCGCCCCGCCUUGGUUGACUUCGUCGGCACCUUCACCAAAAACCUGAGCCUCAUGAUGUGCGGAAACGUCGUUGUUGGGGCGCCCUCUCCCACGAGCCAGGAGGCAGCGGGCAGUGGCAGUCAUGUGACCUGGCUGAACAGGAGGAAGAUCAAGUCCUUCUACCGUGGGGUGGUGGCCGAGGACCUGCGCAGUGGUGUGCAGAUGCUUCUCCAGGCCGCAGGCCUCGGGAGGAUCCAGCCCAAUGUUCUCGUGAUGGGCUUCAAGAGGAACUGGCAGAGGGAUCGCCCGAGCAGCCUGGAAAACUACAUUGGGAUCAUACACGACGCCUUUGACCUGAGGUUCGGGGUGUGUGUGAUGCGGACGAAGGAAGGGCUGUCGAGGACGAUGCAGGCCCACGUUAACCCUGUGUUUGAGAAUGGCAGUGAGUACCGUGGCAAUGGGACUUCCCCAGCACCAGCAGCCCACAGUACAUUGGACCCUGACGCUCUAGUGGCUGAAGUUCAGCCCACGACCAUUUUCCAGUCUAAGCAGGGCAAGAAGACGAUCGACGUUUACUGGCUCUUUGAUGAUGGAGGCCUGACCCUGCUCAUUCCGUACCUCCUGACGCGGAAGAAGCGCUGGCGUGGCUGCAAGGUGCGUGUCUUCGUGGGCGGAGAGAUCAGCCGGGUGGACGAGCAGAGGAAGGCGUUCAUGUCCCUGCUCAGCAAGUUUCGUCUGGGAUUCCACGACGUCCAGGUGCUGCCUGACGUCAACGAGAAGCCGCGGCCCGAGCAUGUGAAGAGGUUUGAGGAUCUGCUCGGCCCCUACCGGCUGAACGAUGGAUUCAGGGACGAAAACACGGUCAAUGAAAUGAAGAAGGAAUUCCCCUGGAAGAUUUCGGAUGAAGAGAUAGAGAGGAACAAGGCCAAGUCCCUCCGACAGAUCCAUCUGAAUGAAAUCCUGCUGGAUUACUCCCGAGACGCGGCGCUCAUCAUCCUGACUAUGCCAGUGGGCAGGAGGGGUGAAAUGCUAUAAGAUGCCAACCAGGGG